UGUGAUGGCAUAUUCUUUGUACGAGGAGACACAGCUCAACAGUCCCAAGUCAGUUCAGUACUACCCAGAGGAAUACGACUAUUCUUCAUAUUACCAGAAAAUAUCUGAAGCAAAGGUGAAUAGCUCUGCUGACCACUCCACCAAAAAAACAAAAAAGGCGACCUCGUCCAUAAACUACGUCAAUGAAAAGAAAUGCCCUAUUUAUGUCCACCAGUACAAUAAUAUUCAAAACGCCAGCACCUAUAACAACUAUUCUUACAAAGCUGCGACAAAAUCGCCAUUAGAAAAGAAUUAUUCAACAAAAACAAAGAAGAUCCCUGGGUUUCCCACAACCAAGUCGGUACUGGAUCAGCUGGAAGAGACUUACUGGGCGACAUGGAAACCUAACAAAGAAAACGGAACUAUGUCGAAGAAAAACAAGGUUCAAGACAACAGGUCCGGGAAAAUGAAACCUUACGGAGAUGUACCUGAUAAUAUAGCUCACUAUUUCACUAGUUCAGAAUGUGAUACGACUGACCUUUCUACGAUGGAAGAAAGCGACUAUGAAAAAUACAACAAAUAUGAAACGGUUAUGAACAUGCAUGAUGUAUGCGAGAAAAUUUCGGUGAGGCCAAAAACUACCCAAACCCAAGAAAUACAAACUGAUAGUAUUGCCUCGAACUUACCAAAGAUUGAAGAGCGUGUCGAAAAUGACGAUGGGAGAAAAAAAGAACAAACCGAAGCUAAAGAAGAAUCUGCCGACAAAAAGUCUGUAAAAAAAGAUAUUUCAACAGAGAAAAGCAGCGAUGAGGACCCGGAAGAUGCUACGAAUAAAGACAAAUCUAAACUCUUAAAGCAUACAGAUUCUUUUAUAAUCAACAAAAAGAAACAGGGCGAAGUGAAGGAGCGGUUCCAACAACCGAAAUGCAUUCGUUUGUACAGAAAACCAGGAAUCAGCACCAGUAGUUUCAUCAGAGGUGGAUCCUACCCAUUGAAAUCAUGUCUGAAACAUGAACCGGUUCCCAAAGGAAACUUCAGACUGGGAGCCCCUGGCAGCCCACUUUUUGUAUCUACCAGUUCAUUCCAUAGAAAAUCCAGAAAGUGAUCAAAUCAUUAAAUUAAUUAAAAAACCAUCACACAUAUAUGUUUUUAUUUAUAUGUUACUGUACAGCU